AUGCAGGCCCUUAUUCAUAAAAGACCACUGCUACUCUAUUUGGCCACCAACUCGUACGCCAUCAGCGCACUAAUUGCUCUGGAAGAUGGAGGUGGUGUCGAGCAGCCAAUAUACUACAUCAACCGCGCCUUAAAAGAUGCAGAAACUCGUUACCUAAGGGCAGAGAGAGCGUGCCUGGCCAUUGUAUACGCUUCGCAGAGGUUGCGUCACUAUUUCUUGACCUACGAAGUAUGGCUGAUGACUAAGUCCCAUGCCAUUAAAGCUCUUUUACAACAGCCGAUCCUCUCUGGCAGGAUAUCCCAGUGGUUGCUACAGUUAUCACAAUACGACUUUAAAAUGGGGACACCUAGGGCAGUGAAAAGUCAGGCUAUAGCAGAUUUAUUGGCACAGUUUCCAGGAGAGGAAGAAUUCCCACUGGAUGAUGAAGUUCCAGGGGAAGUAGCCUUGUUAGAAGAAGUCAGAGAACAGUGGGUAAUGAAAUUUGAUUGGUCUUCUACUACCCAUUCCGGAGGGGUAGGAGUAGUUUUGUAUCAUGAAGAAGACAAGGCAGUGGCACUGUCAUUUAAGCUGGAAUUCCCGUAUUCAAACAACACGGCGGAGUACGAGGCCUACUUAACCGGGCUUGCCACGGCUCUCGAAAUGGGAGUCAAACAUUUGAAAGUAUUGAGGGAUUCAAACUUGGUUAUUUGCCAGGCCAAGGGAAGCUUUUCCUUAAAGGAGCCUAGCCUAGCCCCGUACAGAGGGAUGACCCAAAGAAUCGAAGAAAAAUUCUCAACCUUUGAAAUAGAGCAUGCCCCGAGAAACGAAAAUCGGUUUUUGGACGCAUUAGUUGCACUGGGUUCGCAAAUAAUCUUCAAAAGGAGUAGCACCAGGAUAGAAGUCAGCAAGAGGGAAGAAUCCAUCAUUGAGGUGUUGAAGGAAAAGGUCCGAGAGGAACAGGGCGAAGGGGAUUGGUGGAUCCCCAUAAAGGAAGUGUUGGUAAAGGGAGACGAUGCAGCAAAAUUAAAGAUGUUAAAAGAUCAUGCCUUGGUAAACGAAGAGUUGUACCGCAGGAUGCCAGGUGGGGUCUUAUCCAGAUGCGUGGGGCAGGAAGAAGCCUAG